CGGAAUUCCGCGGGUUGGUAUAUUCUUCACGAAAUGCUUGUUUUGUUGAGACUUCAUCGUAUAUGUUUUGUUGAGACUUCAUCGUAUAUGUUUUGUUGA